GAAUUUGGAAUCGGUAGCAUACGGCCUCAAACGAGGAAUUUCCGUAUCAAAUUCAGUUGGUUCAUCAAAGAGCACGUCCCGCCCUUUUGGACACCACCAUAAAUACCGCCAUUUCUAUAUUCAAUCUCUUGUGCUCUGCCGCUCUCCCCUUCUCGGCUUCACUCUCCAGAGCUGGAUGGGAGGUGGAAACUAUGGAUGUAAUUAUAUCUAACCAUUAACACCUUCAUAAGAAUAGGAAAAAAAAAAAUGAAUACGGGUUUGCAUUCAUUGCCAUCCGAGCUCAACUUUCGGGAUGGCGGUAUGUUGUAUACAAGCUUGAAUUCAGUCGCAUCGAAUGGUUUUGUAAGAAUUUAUUAUCUCGAACAGAAAAGACAGUGUAAAGCAUUAAGGAAAAAUGCUGGAAUGUUGUCUUUAUCAAGUCCGACAACUUCAAAGCUUAUGGAAGGAUCGUUCAUGAGGAAGGAACAGCAACAUAAGCCUCGUUUGAAGCUUGAGUUUGUGAGAACGUUAUUGAUUGACAACUAUGAUAGUUACACAUACAAUAUUUACCAAGAUUUGUCAGUCAUCAAUGGAUUGCCUCCUGUGGUCAUACGAAAUGAUGACUGGACAUGGGAAGAUUUAUAUCAUUAUUUGUAUGAAGAAAAGGCAUUUGAUAAUAUUGUUAUAUCUCCUGGGCCUGGUUCUCCAACAUGUGCCAAUGAUAUAGGAAUAUGUCUACGUUUACUCCACGAGUGCGAGGAUAUUCCCAUUUUAGGUGUUUGUCUUGGGCACCAGGCUUUAGGUUAUGUGCAUGGAGCUAAAGUUGUUCAUGCAAAUGAGCCAGUUCAUGGGCGCCUAAGCGAAAUUGAGCACAAUGGUUGUAGUCUUUUCAAUGGCAUACCGUCUGGGAGAAAUUCAGGGUCUAAGGUUGUAAGAUAUCAUUCACUUGUAAUAGAUCCUGAAUCUCUUCCCAAUGAAUUAAUUCCUAUAUCAUGGACCUGUUCUACAGAUACCCAAUCAUUUCUUGAGAUUAGCAAUGCUUCCUCAAUUUCAGAUGCUCAUGACACAGUUUCUAGUAAUUCUAGGUCAGAAGUACAAAAAUCUCUGCGUGUUUGGCCUUUCAACGGCCAUAAAAAUAAGCAAAAUGGAAAAGUUCUCAUGGCAGUCAUGCACUCCGUCAGGCCUCAUUAUGGUGUACAGUUUCAUCCAGAGAGCAUUGGAACCUGUUUUGGCAGAGAGAUAUUUAAAAAUUUUAGAGAAAUCACAGAGGAUCAUUGGCUUAACUAUGGACCAUUAGUCACCCGCAAAGAAAAUGUAGAUUAUUCUGGAAAUCAAAUAAUACUAAGGAAACCGGUUGAUCAAUUAAGUGAUGGGGCUUUUCCCAGUAGAAGUAUUGAACUUAAUGGAGUUAGUAGAAAAGAUGUUGGCCUGUUUGAUCUUGUAAAUCUUUCAUAUCCCAGCAAUGGAGUCAAAUUUCUGAAGUUGACAUGGAAGAAAUACAAUCAUUUGGCUUCUGAAGUUGGUGGUGCUAGAAAUAUAUUUUAUCAAUUGUUUGGACAUCAUAAAGCUGAAAACACGUUUUGGCUUGACAGUUCAUCGAUUGAAAAGGGAAGAGCACGAUUUUCAUUCAUGGGAGGAAAAGGUGGAUCACUAUGGAAACAAAUGGUUUUCCAGUUAUCAGAUGAAAGUGGUCAUCCUUUUGAAGGAGGCGGCUAUCUAUCAAUUGAGGAUGUUCAAGGCUCGGCAACCAAAACAUUUUUGAAGGAUGGUUUCUUUGACUAUCUAAACAAGGAGCUUUCGUCUUUUCAAUACAAAAGUGAAGACUAUGACGAGCUUCCAUUUAACUUUCAUGGUGGAUAUGUUGGCUACUUCGGAUAUGAACUCAAAGUAGAAUGUGGUGCAGCGUUCAACAAACAUAAGUCUUGGACUCCAGAUGCGUGUUUUUUCUUCGCCGACAAUCUUUUGGUCAUUGAUCACUCCUCGGAUGAUGUUUACCUGUUAUCCAUACAUGAAGAAUGCAAUACUUCUACAUCAUGGUUGGAUGAUACAGAGCUUAAGCUUAUGGAUUUGAGAACUUCCGUUCCAGAUAAGUUAAUUGAAGAAAGCUCACUCAAUGUGUCAUUUACACCGAGCAAAGUAGAUUUUGUUGCUGAGAAAUCUAAGGAAGGAUAUAUAAACGAUGUUGAAAAGUGUAAGCAAUACAUCAAAGACGGCGAAAGCUACGAGUUGUGCCUCACAACCCAAAUUAGGAAAAAAAUUGAGGAAACUGACGCCCUGAGACUUUACCUCAGGCUCAGAGAAACAAAUCCGGCACCUUAUGCUGCUUGGCUAAAUUUUUCAAAAGAAGAUAUAUGCAUCUGCUGUUCAUCACCAGAACGGUUUCUACAAUUGAAUAGGGAUGGUGUUUUGGAAGCGAAACCCAUUAAAGGUACGACAAAGCGAGGAGUGACAUCAGAGGAAGACGAACAGCUCAAAAUGCAGUUGCAGUAUAGUGAAAAGAACCAAGCUGAAAACUUAAUGAUAGUCGAUCUUCUAAGAAACGACCUUGGUCGUGUGUGUGAACCGGGUUCUGUUCACGUUCCACUUCUGAUGGAAAUAGAGUCAUAUGCAACCGUCCAUACAAUGGUGAGCACAGUUCGCGGCAAGAAACAGCCAAAUGUAAGUGCUAUUGACUGUAUAAAAGCAGCUUUUCCUGGUGGUUCGAUGACUGGAGCACCGAAGUUGAGGUCUAUGGAGCUCCUCGACACCAUCGAGAGUUGUCCUCGAGGUAUUUAUUCAGGUUGCAUUGGAUAUAUCUCCUAUAAUCAGACAUUUGAUCUUAAUAUUGUAAUUAGAACAGUCGUCUUGCAUAAAGGAGAAGCUUCCAUUGGAGCUGGAGGAGCUAUUAUUGCUCUCUCAGAUCCUAUUGAUGAAUACGAAGAAAUGAUCUUGAAAACGCAUGCUCCCUCCAGGGUGGUUGUGGAAUUUUCUUAGAACUUUUACCUUGUACUUCACAAGAUCUUAGCCCUCUAAAAUCCCAUAGUUUUCUUUCGUUGUUUUUUCCUUUUUGAUUUUUAUUUUAAAAUAUAUGUGAAAGAUGGCUUGUAUUAUAGAAAUAACAGAUCGUUACAUAAAAUUUUGUUUUGUUUUGUUGCA